GCCAGUGUACGCCCAACACAACAUGUCAACAUGCUGUCAUAAUGUUCGGCUGCUAGUUACGCUUGUAUUGCUAUGCGGUUGGUUGCUUUAUCUUUAGAAUUCACAACAAAUUCAACACCUGGGAGAAUGACACCCCGAGGACGUACGGAGACGUGAUGGUAGGAAAGACAACUUGACAAGAUGGAGAAGGAGAGCAAAGUGACACCUGCUGAGCCAACUUUUCAUCCCAAGAGGAGAAACGAGUCGGCUGGGCAACGUAGCAGCUCACCUCUACAUGGGAUCUUUGCACACCAGCGCAAGCCAACAGGCAACCAGUCUGGUCUGUGCCCAAAGCGGAGUCCGUCAAACAUUAAUGGAGUGGUGACAGGAAAAGGAGGUGAUUUGCCCUGGAGGCAUAGACCGCAGUCAGAGGCGUCAACAAGGAGCAGUGACCUUCGCAUGCAAAGCUCAGCCAAUGCACAGAGGAGAGGUUGCAGAGACUCCAAAUCGGCCCCAACCUCGGCGUGGAGCUCAAAACCCGCUGAGGCUGACUUGGUCCGUUUUGAGGUGAAGAUAGCCGACUUUCCAGAGCUAGCCGCUGUCCCACUAAGUAGCGCCCACGCCCCGCUCGUUCACAAAGACCCUUGGGGGCCAAAUCUUUCAGCGGAGAGAUGUCAACCUCCCUCAAAGUCGGCAUCACCCGGAAUGACCAUCAGGAAAACAUCCCCAACUCUGCCUGACUCCCCCAAAAAAGAUCAUCGCAUCCCUGCCAGCUCCUCAAGUCAAGCGGGAGUGACGUCGUGGGCUAACGUUGCCUCUCAGCCUCCAAAAAAACCCUUCCAGAGAGAAAAUGCAGUCAGCAGCCAAGUGCCGACGGAGGACGCGGCUACGCAGCCAGAGGAGGGAACAGCAAGGAAGAAAAAGCGAAAGAAAAAGAAGAAAACAAAAGACAUAGGCGAAGGUAUCGAAGCUGAGCCGGAAGAUUCAAAACUUCCACAGGAGCCUCCUAGGUUCAAGGAUGAAGAGGAGUUUCCAGGUUUGGCUCCAGCUCAGAUUUGGACACCCAGCAAAAACACUGUUAAGGAGAACCAGCAAAAUGAAGCAAACCCUUCCACCAAAACACCGCCCACAGAUGCAGCAAAGAAAGCACAGGUUUGGGUUAUUAUCUUGCUCCUCACUUGUGUUGCCAGCUCAUUUUCGGUGACUAGAAAAUCUAUACUGCUUUUCAAGGUGUACACUGACUCCUCUAAAGUAUUUCCAGAUGCUGGACAUCUGUUUUGUCCUUUCAUUGAUACCCAGAAAGCUGAGAAGACCUCUGGGAAGAAGAGCAAAGCUCCCGUGCAGCUGGACAUCGGCAACAUGCUGUCCGUCCUUCAAAGCAAGCAAAAAUCUCAGAAGGCCAAGCAGAACGUCAUCUCAGUGGGUGGAGGUCUUCCUGUCAGCCACAAGCAAGCAACGCACCCCAAAAAGGCGCCCAGGGAGCAGGACAAAAUAGCCCACAACCCCCUGGACUCCACCAGCCCCUUGGUGAAGAAAGGCAAGCAGAGGGAGGUGCCCAAAGCCAAGAAGCCUACUGCUCUUAAGAAGGUCAUCCUCAAAGAAAGAGAGGAGAGGAAGCAGAGACGUUUACUGGAGGAGAGAGGUUUACUGCCUGAAAAUGAGUCAACGGUCGUGCAGGACACUGCAGAGGACGAACAGGGCAAUGCAAGUCUGAUAGGUCAGAAGGAGGACUUGGAUUCUCUUUUGGGAGGUAAUGAUCUGCUGCAAGUACGCACACAUGAAACAGAGAGAGGGGAGGCUGACAAUCAGCAAAACAUCCAGGCGGCUUCCAUCGCCACACCUGAUCGCCCCAAAAUCCACAGCAGGAAGUUCAGAGAGUACUGCAGCCAGAUGCUGAGCAAAGACGUGGACCAGUGCGUGACCUCGCUGCUGAGGGAGCUGGUUCGCUUCCAGGACCGCCUCUACCAGAAGGACCCUAUGAAGGCCCGCAUGAAGAGGCGGCUCGUCAUGGGCCUCCGAGAGGUCCUGAAGCAUCUCAAGCUCAGGAAGGUCAAGUGCGUCAUCAUCUCCCCCAACUGUGAGCGCGUCCAGGCCAAAGGAGGUCUGGAUGAGGCUCUUCACACCAUCAUCGACACUUGUCGGGACCAAGAGGUGCCCUUCAUCUUCGCCCUCUCCCGCAAAGCUUUGGGUCGCUGUGUCAAAAAGACGGUGCCCGUCAGCCUGGUGGGCAUCUUCAACUACGACGGCGCACAGGACUACUACCACAAGAUGAUAGAGUUGUCGUCCGAAGCCAGGCAAGCGUACGAGGCGAUGCUGGUGAGCGUGGAGCGGCAUGGCCAUGAAGAUCAGGACUCCGACUUCGAGGAGCAGAACACGGCCAAGCUGAGCGAGGCCGAGCAGUCGGAGCCAGAGUCAGAGGAGCCAGGAUACAGCCAAUUGUGGAGGAAACUUUUGGAGAAGGAUGGCAACUUUGAGUUGUUGAACUUCAACACGUGGCCGAUCUUCGCCCACUCGGACGGCGAAUGUAUCGAUGAUACCGAUGAAGACGAGAAGAGCUGACAGCGCCGACGGUGCGGUGAGGUCCCUCAGCUCAAAUGUUUACCGUAGAUCAAAUCAUCUGCAAACUUUCAGGGAUUAUCUUCAAAGAAAAAAACAGUAUUGGAUUUAAAGGAUGUCCAAACUUUGACAUUUGACCCCAGGAGGUCUCAUUGCUACAUUUUUUCAGCGCAUUUUCAACUACAUUUUCUCACUGCUAAUUUCUUUUGAAGAGACUUUUACUUGUGACUUUAUAGGACCAAGCCAAUCAUUUAAAGUAAUUCUAUAAUAUGAAUUUCCUUGCAUUUUUGCCUUUUGGUUGACUGCAGUAUUUCAGUUUGAGCCUUUGAAAUAGUGUGGGAUUUGUGUGUGUGUGUGUGUGUGUGUGUUGUUUUUUUUUUUUAAUGAUUCAACAAGAAGUAGCCAAGCUGUGAAGGUGUCAUCAUGAGAGCUCCUCAGGUGUGUGUCAAGCAGACUGGAGAUCUGUAGAAGCCGUGAUAAAACACUCUCACACUGGCUUAGCUUUAGUAAGAUCAUGUACAUUCAGUAACAGUCAUAAUUUGAAGGCAAUCAAACCACCUUGAUGACAUUUGUGGGUGAAAAAGACAAAGUGAUUAAAUAUAGAAUACAUUGGGAGGUAAAAAAAUAAAGAAUAAAAAAGCAAAUGAAUGAAAUUUUGAAAUACUGCUGAUUUAAAAAUUAAAAAAAAGUUAUAAUAUUGUGUUUUUAUGAAAUGGUUUUCAUAGCUUGGAUGAAUGUGUGAUACGGCAUUAGUGUGGGGAAAGGUCAAGUUAAAAUCAUUUUCAUUCUUUUUUUGUUUGCUUGUCACAAAUGCAAUUCAAACUGUGUUUAACUCCUUAUGUUGAAAGAACUAAAUGUGAAAUGAACAGCAAACUCGGAAACAAUCUGGCAUUGCGUUUGUUUUACUACCUGUGUCAAAGUUUUUCUGCUCAAAUUACGCAAACUGAAGAAACGGGAGAAUAUUGUUUUUUUUUGUGCCUCUUGACUGACGAAUACUACGAUUCAACACCACACCACUGCCCGCUACAACCAAAAGAAUAAACAUAAUGUUCAAUUAAUACUAGGAGUGUCACGAGAUCUUGCAAGAUUCAAAUGUGACCCGAGAGUUCUCAUUUGGAGAAAAGCUGUCUCCUGAAAAAAGGGCAGACAGAAGCCAAUCAGACUGAAUUAUGCAUGAUAAUACAGUAUAAUAUGGAAGUGGCAGUUCACGAGGUGGGAUUAGAACCGCACCUUAAGUGCUUCAACAGCUGCAGCGGUGUUAAUGUCCAAGCAGAACCUGUAGUAAGUAUACAUUUCAUCAGAGUUAAUUAAAACUUGUUAGAUCAAAACACGUCGAUGCUCGGACUUGUCUGCACCCUUAAUCGCCGUUACCAUUAAUCACCAUCAACAUUAGUGGUACUGUGGCAAAAAUAACUCUGCUUCAUAACAAACCUCAUACAUAGAGGAGAUGCUGACAAUAUAGCAACAUGGUUGAUAUAUUUAGCGUGCACAUUGAAAGUGAAAGACGGGAAGUGUUUCUUGCGUUGUUGGGUAAUUAUAUACAAGCGGUCAACAAAGGUGAAGUAUCCGCCACGCAGGCAAACAGAGCGGAACACCGCUUUUGUACCACCGUGCAAUGCAAUGCGGGUCUGAAAGCUGCAGAAACCCCUCCACAGUGCAACUGCAGGGACCAUCUGUGGAACUCAUUGCAGAAAUAAAAUUUUGAAAAAUGGAGCAAAAAGGCAUAAUGUAACUAGACAAAGCUAAAAUGUUGAGACUAAUCACCAAUACAAACAUUAAGUUUUUCUUAAAAUAUAUGUUUAACUUUUUAAAAUGAUAAACAUCAAAGGACAGCUGACAGCCCUGACUUAAAUAAACAAAGACAAGUAGAUAAGACAUUAAACAGUGCACAGUUGGUUGUGUUCGAUACAAGCUGGGAUUAUUAAAGCUGACAUUAUUAUUAUUAUAUAUUAUAACAGUGGUUCAUUUGGCCUCAAAAAUGUUGACAAUAUUAUCGUUUAGCAUCCAUUUGUGGGACAAUAAACAUUUCAAAA